UUCCAAUAUUAAUGUUUCGGUUAAAGCGAACGGUUGUAUUCGGUUUCGUUAUACUAAAUUUAAGUCUUUUAUCUUAGAAGGCAAAGAGUGCACAACAAAGAAGACACCCUUCGUGAGUAUACGGCCCUCUCUCGGUGGAGAACUGCAAGAAAGUUUAGGAGGUUGAGAGAGAGAGAGAGAGAGAUGGCGGGGGGUGGGGUGAUGGUACAUGGUGGGUCGGCGGGGGUGUCGAAGGAGAGGGCGAAGGAUUACAAGGGAAGGGUGACGCCGUUCGUGGUCAUGGCUUGCUUGGUCGCCGCCGUCGGGGGAUCCAUCUUCGGAUACGAUAUCGGCAUCUCAGGAGGUGUUACAAGCAUGGACCCUUUCCUCGAGAAGUUCUUCCCUGUGGUGUACCGGAAGAAGAACUUGCAAUCCCAGAACAACUACUGCAAGUACGACAACCAGGGUCUCGCGGCCUUCACCUCCUCACUCUACCUUGCCGGCCUCGUUGCUUCCAUCGUCGCCUCCCCAGUGACCAGAAAGUACGGCCGCCGAGCUAGCAUCGUUUGUGGUGGAGCAAGCUUUCUCGUCGGAGCCACCCUCAACGCUGCCGCCGUCAACCUGGCAAUGCUGCUUCUGGGCCGUAUCAUGCUUGGUGUUGGUAUUGGCUUCGGGAAUCAGGCUGUUCCUCUCUACCUCUCGGAGAUGGCUCCCGCGCACCUCCGCGGCGCACUGAACAUGAUGUUCCAGCUUGCGACGACGCUGGGCAUCUUCUCAGCGAACAUGAUCAAUUACGGCACCGAGAAGAUCAAACCGUGGGGAUGGCGCCUCUCCCUGGGGCUGGCGGCGGCGCCCGCGCUUCUGAUGACCAUCGGGGGCCUCCUCCUCCCGGAGACCCCGAACAGCCUCAUCGAGCAAGGGCGGGCCGAGAAAGGCCGCCGCGUCCUGGAGAAGAUCCGUGGCACCAGCGACGUGGACGCCGAGUUCCAGGACAUGAUCGAAGCUAGCGAGGUCGCGAACGCCGUCGAACACCCCUUCAGGAACAUACUAGAGCGGCGGAACCGGCCUCAGCUUCUCAUGGCCAUCUUCAUGCCGACGUUCCAGAUACUCACCGGCAUCAACUCGAUACUCUUCUACGCGCCGGUGCUGUUCCAGAGCAUGGGCUUCGGGGGCAACGCCUCUCUCUACUCGUCCGUCCUGACAGGGGCUGUGCUGGCCUCGUCCACGCUCGUCUCCAUCGCCACGGUCGAUAGGUGGGGGAGGAGAGCUCUGCUCAUCGGCGGCGGCGUACAGAUGAUCAUAUGCCAGGUCAUUGUGGCCAUCAUACUGGGGCUCAAGUUCGGCGACGACAAGAAGCUCUCCAAGGAGUUCUCCAUCAUCGUGGUGGCCGUCAUCUGCCUCUUCGUGGCCGCCUUCGGGUGGUCGUGGGGGCCGCUAGGUUGGACUGUCCCCAGCGAGAUAUUCCCGCUGGAGACGAGGUCGGCCGGGCAGAGCAUCACCGUCUCCGUGAACCUCUUCUUCACCUUCGCCAUCGCGCAGUCCUUCCUCAGCCUCCUCUGUUCCUUCAAAUUCGGAAUCUUCCUCUUCUUCGCAGGCUGGAUCACCAUCAUGACCAUCUUCGUCUACGUCCUCCUCCCGGAGACCAAAGGGGUGCCCAUCGAAGAGAUGGUACUCCUCUGGAGCAAGCACUGGUUCUGGAGAAGAGUCAUGCCACCGAUCGGAGUGGAAGAGGGUGGCGCAGCGAAGGCAGAGUCGCCUGACUUGGGAGCUUGACGAAAGAGUGUUGUGUGAAUGGAUUACUAUAAUGAGCGAUUAGCAUAAGAUCUUUAUCAUUAAUUAUGUAUUCGUGAAUCGUGACACAAAUUAAUCAUCAAGGAAGCCCACUUAAAGCCCAA